AAAAAGCGGAAAUUAGCUGAGGCUCUUGAUACAUCCGUGAAAGGAAAGCUCUCGAAAGGGGGUUGAAUUUUUUUGUAGAGGCCGCUCCGUGAAAAGAUCUUUAAUAAUGGUGAAGAUUUUUGUUGGGAAUUUGCCUCGGGAGGCAGACCAGGAUGAGAUCAAGGCUCUGUUCACCCAGUACGGCACAGUCACAGAGUGUGCCAUCAUCAAGAACUACGCCUUCGUCCACAUGGAUGACCGCAAGGCUGCCACCAAAGCCAUCAAGAACCUGCACCUCUUCAAGCUACACGGCACACCGAUCAACGUCGAGGCCAGCCACGGGAAGAACCAGGGAUCUGUCAAACUGCACGUUGCAAAUGUCGAAAAGGGAUCUGACGACGAGCUGCGGUCUCUUUUCGAGGAGUACGGCACGGUCACAGAGUGUGCUGUUGUCAAGAAUUUUGCUUUCGUACACAUGUCCAACUCUGAUGAGGCCAUGGAUGCCAUCAAGGGACUGGACAACACAGAAUUCCAAGGCAAACGCAUCCAUGUGCAGAUUUCCAAGAGCCGUCCCAGACAUGACGAACGGGACGACUACCCCCCUCCUCCCCCAGACAGGGCAGGCUAUUGGCCCCCACGCUAUCCAGGAGAAAGGCAUGAGCCACCACCUCCUAGCUACCUGAGAGGCCGCAUCAGCCACAUACCCCCAGGUUACCCCGCCCCUCCUCUACCGCCCCCUCCCCCCAGGCGAGCCGUUUACCCUGAACGACCCUAUGAGGGUGAGAGGGACAGAUAUGGCGUGGUAGAUUACUAUGAGAAGUACAGAGCCCGUCCUUAUGGCAUCGCCUCCUACGAGGACCAACGUGCUGGUGCUCCUCCUCCUCCCCCUCCCCCUUCAGCCGUCGUGCGAGACCGCCUUAUGACCUCGCCGCUCGACCCGUACGAGCGUCGGCCUCUCCCUCCUCCUCCGUCCUCGUACUAUGCCCGAGACCGUAGUCCCCUCAGGAGGGCGCCUAGCACGCCAAUGCCCCCUGCUGGUAACGGCUACUCCUACGAGCGCUCCCGUCUCUCUCCCGUCCCCCGGGUCCCGGCAUACGGAGUUCCUCGAGCCAGGGACCCCUACGCAGACCGGCUGCCUCCGCCACCGCCUGCACGCUACGCUUAUUAAGCAAGCCCCCGGCAUGUGAAGUCAAGGAUCGUCGUUCGACUGCGUCGCCGCUCGCCUCCUCCUGAUGCACGUGACGCUAUCCUCUUCCUGUCUGUGGCUGAGCGCGUUAACGUUCCCCUGCGAUGCUCACAGGAGGAGCUGAAAUGCCGACGUCCACGUCUGUUUUUGUUUUUAUUAUUUUGGGACAGUUUUUACACUCGUAUUUUUCCCUCUUGAUUGUUCAGUUUGUCAAUGUGCUUUAGAAUUUUAAUACUUGACGUCCAAGUAAGGCGUUUUUUGUUUAUUUUUUUAAUUUGAACUUUUACGUUUGAAUAAUUAGUGUACUGGUAUUGUGUGUGACCUUUGGAAAGCUGAAUCAGCAGCAUUUUGUAGGCGAUACCUGUGACUUUAGAUUUAACUGAACUGAAUGUUUGGUACUAAAUCCAAUCUGCACGUUGGUUCCAUCAUGUUGACCUUUAUCACAAACGCAAACCAAACCAAACCACCAUGUGGCGUUCCUGUGAAAAUCUAAACUGAAAAGACGUUAGACAAAUAUAUAAAGUAACUGUUAAUAGGACAGUCAGCGUAAAACGUCUACAUGUACCUGUAUAUUGUCGAACAUGUUUUCAAUAAAAAAAAAAUUGUGCAGAAAUUGUGCUCGAAGUCAUGCCCAGCGCUUAAACACCUAAUCAAUGUGACCGCCUGAAUUGAUUCAAAUACUUUAAUAGAGCCUUUCGACAAAUACCUAGCUUGUCAAGUAAGAGAUUAUCCAAUCAUUAAGGAUGAACUGACGCAUAAUAGACUUGUUAAAAUCGAUGCACUCAUUAAUGAAAUACAGCCUGUCUGAAGUGCCCCAGCCUCGUUCAGCAGCGUACCUUUUUAGCUUGUCCCCUUCUGUGCCAAAAAUUGGAAGUUGCCCAUAAUGGAGCUUCAGCGCAGGGCAUAACACUUUCCGGGCAUUACUUCAGGUUGGAUUUUGAAGUUGAGACUAGUUAACCCUGAAUCUGGGGGGAUGGCAUCAAAGGCUGUUGGACACCUUCAGAAUUCACAGGUAAGUAAAGGGCUUAUGAUGUAGAAACUUAUUGUGACAACACAUUUGAACUUUGUAAAGGCUGUCAUUCCUAGUUGUGUCCUACAGAGGUUUGUAACUGAAAAUUAUUGUAGCCUUGUUCAGGUUUAGGUUUGCUAGCUAGUCAAGUGUUUUAAUUCAUUACCUGUUCUCAAAGGUAACCAUUCAGCUGAAAAUCUGCUACUCUAUAUUGCAAAUGUUUGUUAAGAAAUAGUCAGGUGACAAAUUGUUGAGACCCUCAGAAAUUUAGAUAUCAAUAAAUGAUCCUCAGUUUGAUGAUCAUUGUUGGUUUUGGAGGACAAUGUGUUUCAGAAUUGGUAGAGAAGCAUUCAGAGCAGCAAGAAUACUUAGUCAAGAUUUAGAGUGAGAUGACGAAAGAACAAUCAGGAAGCUCUUGCAUUUGCUCUUGCAGAUGUUAGUUUUAUGAAACACUUAUAAAGCAAGAAGUCAAGUUACAUACAAAUUGCUAUAUUGACAGAUUUUGCAUACGUUUUGAUGGAUGUGAUAAUCUGACAGGACUCUUUGUAUUACCAUGUUGGAUUCUGACCUGCAUGAAUAAAAUAUUUA